AUGAAAAAGGUUCGAUUCGACCCUGUCGAAAAAUCUGUCGCAGCUGAACAAAGAGAUCCAGAAUUUUGUUGCCAGAUUACCUACAAGGGUGCUUCGACGGUCGUUGUUCUCUUGGAGAUUCUCUAUUGGCUUUAUUAUGUUCUCAUACUUGUAUUUGCCAUCGUUAAACAUCGACAAGCGUGCAAAAAAUUGACAGCUUUGCUGUACCUGCUGUACGGCCUGCGCCAUGCACCAGUUGCCUUGACAAAAACUGAGAAACGGAGUAUUGUUAUUCUUAGUGUGAACUUAUCUCUUCUUGCUUUACAAAUAGUAGCAGCUGGAAUUGGAGUGUGGAAGGAGAAACCACGAUUACUCCAGACUCAUCUCGUAUUUCUCCUUCUAACAAUGAUCUGGGAUUUAUGUAUGACGACAGGAUUUUUCAUAUUGGCUGUCUAUCCAAAAGCUAAAGAGGAUCAGCUAAUCGACUACAAAGGAGCUGAAUUCAAUGGUGUGAGCAUUUAG